CACACCGGAGCAGAGCAGAGCUCUCCGCAACGACACGCCGGCCAAACCAAGCCCCGCCGCCGAGUUCGCGUCGGCUGAGGCAACAUACAUGGGGACCUCGGGCCACGCAGUGAUCGACAUCGACGCCGACGAGGCAGGCGGACAGGCGAUGCAGCCUUUCGCUCCUGUCCCGUACGUGCUCAACUUCACCGACCUGUCGUACAGCGUCAAGAAGGGCGGCGGGCUGGGGUGCCUGCCGUCGCGGGCCAGCAACCGCCUCGCGUCCGCGGACGCGCCUCCGUCCGGGUCCAGGCACACCAAGACGCUGCUCGACGGCAUAUCUGGCGAGGCGCGCGAGGGGGAGCUGUUCGCCGUCAUGGGCGCCAGCGGGUCGGGCAAGUCGACGCUGGUGGACGCGCUCGCGGGGCGGAUCGCGAGGGAGAGCCUCCGCGGAAGCGUCACGCUCAACGGGGAGCCGCUCCACGGGCGCCGCCUCCGCGCCAUCGCCGCCUACGUCAUGCAGGACGACCUGCUGUACCCGAUGCUCACCGUGCGCGAGACGCUGCUGUUCGCCGCCGAGUUCCGCCUCCCGCGCGCGCUCUCCCCCGACAAGAAGCGCGCCCGCGUCGACGUGCUCAUCGACCAGCUCGGCCUCUCCCGCGCCGCGGACACCAUCAUCGGCGACGAGGGCCACCGCGGGGUGUCGGGAGGCGAGCGCCGGCGGGUGUCGAUCGGCACGGACAUAAUACACGACCCGAUCCUGCUGUUCUUGGACGAGCCCACCUCGGGGCUGGAUUCGGCGAGCGCCUUCAUGGUGGUGCAGGUGCUCCGCCGGAUCGCGCAGAGCGGCAGCGUCGUCAUCAUGACCAUCCACCAGCCCAGCGCCCGCAUCCUCGGCAUCCUCGACCGCCUCCUGCUCCUCUCGCGUGGCCGCACUGUCUACGCAGGCACGCCAGCCGGCCUCAAGCCCUUCUUCGCAGAGUUUGGCGCGGCCAUCCCGGACAACGAGAACCCCGCCGAGUUCGCGCUCGACACCAUCCGAGAGUUCGAGCGCCAGCCCGACGGCGGCGCCGCGCUCGUCGACUUCAACGCCAAGUGGCAGCAGGCCAAAGUCGACAAGGACAACAAGCUCUUGAGCACGAUGCCCCUGGAGUUCGCGAUCGCCCAGAGCGUGUCCUGCGGGAAGCUGGUCGCCGGGAGCGGGACGGUGAGCGGGUCGGUUCCGACGUUCGCGAACCCGCCGUGGACGGAGGUGUGGGUGCUUAUGAAACGGUCCUUCACCAACACGGGGCGCAUGCCAGAGCUCUUUGCCAUGCGGCUGGGAACGAUCAUGGUAACUGGGUUCAUCCUGGCGACCAUCUUCUGGCGCCUCGACGACACGCCCAAGGGCGUCCAGGAGCGGCUGGGCUUCUUCGCCAUGGGCAUGUCGACCAUGUUCUACGUGUGCGCCGACGCGCUGCCGGUGUUCGUGCAGGAGCGCCACAUCUACCUGCGCGAGACGGCGCACAACGCCUACCGCCGCAUCUCCUACGUGCUCGCCAACGCCGUCGUCGCGUUCCCGCCGCUCGUGCUCCUGUCGCUCGCCUUCGCGGCCACCACCUUCUUCGCCGUGGGCCUCGCCGGCGGCGGCGCCUCGUUCAUGUUCUUCGUGCUCAUUGUACUGGCCUCCUUCUGGGCGGGCAGCGGCUUCGUCACCUUCCUCUCCGCCGUGGUGCCGCACGUCAUGCUGGGCUACACGGUGGUCGUCGCCAUCUUAGCGUACUUCCUCCUGUUCUCCGGCUUCUUCAUCACUCGGGACCGCAUACCGGACUACUGGCUGUGGUUCCAUUACCUGUCCCUGGUGAAGUACCCGUACCAAGCAGUUCUUCAGAACGAGUUUGUUGGUGCAUCGCGGUGCUUCUCGCGAGGGGUCCAGAUGUUCGACGGCAGCCCGAUAGGGCGCAUGCCAGAGGCCGUCAAACUGAAGGUGCUCGACGCCAUCAGCGCCACGCUGGGCACCAACAUCACGGCCAACACUUGCGUCGCCACCGGCGCCGACGUGCUGGCGCAGCAGGCCGUGACGGAUAUAGGAAAGUGGAAGUGCCUGCUGGUGACCGUGGCAUGGGGCUUCGUGUUCAGGGCCUUGUUCUAUGUUGUGUUGCUCAUCGGCAGCAAGAACAAGAGGAGGUGAUGAACUAAAAGAAAGAGGAGGCAUUGGAGUUUCGAUUUGCCACUAGAACAAUGUUGUUGUUUAACUUUUCUCGUUCAGCAGGAUUUCUUCCAAGUCA